UAUCAUCCGAUUUACGUUACGUAACGUUUGUUUUGAAUAGUAUCUACCUCUCAUAACUUAAAUAAUAGCAAUAUCAAAACCAUAAUUAAUAAUUUUCUUUCUGUAAUUUUAAGUUCGUUGUUCGUUCGUAGUUGUUAAAAGGUUAAAUAACCUACUUUUGAAGAAAGAUAAGUAGGCCUAACUUACGCUAACUUAAUAUUUCUUGAUUCGAUUCGAAAUGUCGAAAUAUUUAUUGUCUCACAAGUGCCAGAGUUUUAUUAGAAGAUUCUCGUCCUUGCCGGCACCAAACACGUCCCCUAAAGUUAACUCCACUGGGAUAUUCAUUAACAACGAGUGGUUGAAAUCUAGUUCUGGUAAAACUUUUGAAACCAUUGAUCCAGCUUCUGGUAAAGUGAUUGCGGAAGUUCAACGAUCGGAUAAGACUGAUGUGGACAUAGCAGUAGAAGCAGCAAACAAAGCAUUUUCUCUAAAUUCCCCUUGGAGAAAGCUGAAUGCCUCUCAACGAGGACUUCUACUCAACCGACUUGCUGAUCUAAUAGAACGGGACGCUCAGUAUCUUGCAAGCUUGGAAACACUAGACAAUGGCAAACCAUAUGCUAUGUCAUACGGAGUAGAUGUUCCUUUGAGUAUAAAGUGCCUGCGCUACUAUGCUGGCUAUGCAGACAAGAACCAUGGCAAGACUGUGCCAUUGGAUGGAGACUUCUUUGCCUACACCCGCCAUGAGCCCGUAGGUGUCUGUGCUCAAAUCAUACCUUGGAAUUUUCCACUACUGAUGGCUGCUUGGAAAAUCGGCCCAGCUAUUGCCACUGGUAAUGUGAUAGUCAUGAAGCCAGCAGAGCAGACACCUCUCACAGCCCUCCACAUAGCUCAACUGUCCAGAGAGGCAGGGUUCCCGUCUGGAGUCAUCAACAUGGUGCCUGGCUUUGGUGAUGCUGGAGCAGCUCUCUCCCAACAUCCUCAUGUGGACAAAGUGGCAUUUACUGGAUCUACUGAGGUUGGAAAAUUGAUCAAGCAGGCUGCUGGUUCCACAAACCUGAAGAGAGUAACUCUGGAGCUGGGAGGAAAGUCCCCGAACAUUAUCUUCCCAGACUGUGACUUGGAGCAAGCAGUGGAGGGAGCUCAUUUUGGACUUUUUUUCAACAUGGGCCAGUGCUGCUGUGCCGGUUCUCGUACUUUUAUCCAUGAGAGUAUCUACGACCAAUUUGUUGAGAAGAGUGCAGCAUUCGCCAAGCAGCGAAAAGUGUGCAAUCCAUUCCUGCCAGAGAGUGAACAGGGACCAGUAAUUGAUGGGGAACAACAUGGCAAGAUUCUAGAACUGAUAGAGAGUGGAAAGAAGGAAGGGGCUCGACUGGUUGCUGGGGGCAGUAAGACUGGAGACAAGGGCUUCUUUAUUCAACCUACAGUGUUUGCUGAUGUCACAGACAACAUGCGAAUUGCCAAGGAAGAGAUAUUUGGACCAGUCCAGCAGUUGCUGAAGUUCAAGACUAUUGAUGAAGUGAUAGAGAGAGCCAACAACACUCAGUAUGGACUAGCAGCAGCUGUGUAUUCAAAGAACAUAGACACUGUCAACACUAUCGUACAGUCUGUUAAAGCUGGAACAGUCUGGGUGAACUGCUAUAAUGUGAUCGAAGCUCAAGCUCCGUUUGGUGGGUUCAAGAUGUCUGGGAAUGGAAGAGAGUUGGGAGAGUACGGACUCCAGGCUUACACAGAAGUCAAGACUGUUAUUGUUAAAGUUCCCUCAAAGAACAGCUAAACAAGGUACCAGUACUACAAAAAUACACACUUUAAAAAGUCUGUUUCAGUUCCCAACAAUCACAAUGAAUUAAAGAAGAACUAAAUUUGGUAAAUGUGUUUCCCUAGGAAAAUUUGAAUUGAAUAGUAAAUAUAGUUUAACUGUGGCAAGCUACGCCAACCUUUUGUUGUUUUGUUACCUCAAAUGUCCACAUUUAGGUUAUUAAAUAUAUCUAUUUUGAUUUUAAACUAAUUUUGUGAAUCACACUGCUAUUUUUAAUUUUGUAAACAUUAUAAAUAAGAAGUUGAGGAAUUGUGUUACCUGUGGUACCCCAAAUAUUAUGAGAUCAUCUGUAUGUUGGGAUGGUUUUGCGUCUUUCAUUUAGAUAAAAGGUUUAAUAAAAAUAAUUCACUAUUUACAAUUAAGUUUAACUAUAUUAUCUAGAGUUUUUUUAUACUUUUAAACUAAGUCUACUGUAAUACACUUAUUUAAAGAAUUUAGGUUGCGCUAAUGUUGUUGCUUGUGCUUGGUUAAUUAAACAGAUAUAUUUUGAUAAAAA